AUGAGUACCCCCGAGUAUUGCGAGUUGGACCCCACCAUAUUCUUGGCCGAUGGCGAUCAUCCUGAAAAGGCAGCGAAUCCGCCUGAUCUCCUCAUUUUAAACCAACCCAUUACCGAUUUUGCUUCAUUUUCGCGAUUAUGGAAACACACAAACUACCGGAUAUGCGCUGAUGGUGGUGCAAACCGGCUUCAUGACAUGUUCAAUGGCAAACUCGAAAAACAAAGAGCUCAAUAUGUGGGUGAUCAAAGUGCAUUCCAUCUUCACACAGGCCACCUGACUCUUACCAAGCUGCCCAAUAUCAUUCACGGCGAUCUCGACUCGCUGCGAGAUGAUGUGCGCGCAUACUACGAGUCUCAUGAUGUUGAGGUACUACGAGAUGGCGACCAGUACAGCACGGAUUUUGGAAAAACAUUGUCGAAAAUAUCUGCGAGACACAACGCAGCGUCACAGAAAGAUGUACUGAUCCUCGGUACUCUUGCAGGCCGAGUGGACCAAGGCCUCGGGCUUUUGCACGAGAUGAUGAGAGAAGAGACCAAACACCCAAACCUGCGUCUAUGGCUCUUCUCGGAAUCCAGUCUCUCCAUGAUUCUUAGGAGUAGACGGACAGCUGUUCGCAGUCUGCUAUCUAGCGGACUCUUCACGGAAAACCUUGGGCUUGUUCCCGUCUAUGGCCCAGCGACUAUCAGUACCACUGGACUGGAAUGGGACGUCAAAGACUGGUUUACGCAAAUGGGAGGUCAAGUCAGCACUAGCAACCACGUCAAGGCUGACGAGGUACAAGUUGAGACAGACCAACCGAUACUCUUCACCAUAGAGAGGGCGCCGCUGGAACAACAACUGUAA